AGUAACAAGAUUUAGCUAAGGGAAGACGGAGACUAAUUGCAAUUAGCAAUUGCGGUCCCAAGUUCGAACCCUAAUCAAAUCGAACCUGAGCUGUAUUGUGGAGCAAGAAAAGAAUUCACAUGAUUUAAAGAGCAAGAAAAGGAUCCACAUCGAAUCUGUUCAGAUCGCCGGAAAUGGAUAGUAGUUGGCGGAGGACGGUGGGGAACGUAAGGUCGUUCUUCGGCAACCUGACCGGAGGUCUGAGAGGAGGUCCCAAUUUGGCUUCCUGGCUCGUCGCCGGAACCCUAGCCUACUAUCUAUGGGUCAAGCCUUCCCGAGAACUCAAGAGGGAGCACGAGGAAAACAGAUUGUUAUAUGAAAGCAAGAAGAAAGCUGAUAAAGCUUCUUAAUUAAGGACUUGAUGUUGCUGUGGUUCUUUUAUAACAGCUCGUAAUCUUCUACUUCCCGUCUUCCGGACAGAAUUACAGUUAACUGUGAGAAUAAAGCUUCUGGUGCAGUGGUAAAACUCAUAUAAUUUUGUUUUGUAUUUUUCAAAUAUUGUGAGUAGACAUAUACAAGGAGAUGUGUGAUCUUCUAUAUUAAUUAUGAUUCGAUAGUGCAAUGACGGUUUCUAUGAUACGUCUCUUGAGGCUUUUUAGUCUUUUUGUUCCCCUGUACAAUUUCUCUCCGAUAUGCAUCCCCACACCCUUUGAAUAAGAAUUCAAACCAAGUAAAGGAUUUGUUGUGAA